AUGGUCGGCAGGCUGUUUACCACCCUCUGCUUGCUCGCCCUCGGCCUCGCUAUCUCAUCCCCCGAUCGCAAUGCACAACCGAUGACGGCCGGUGACAGCAAUCCAAACGCGAUCGCCCCCGCGUGGCAACAUGGAGUCUGCUCCUUCCACGCGCAGCUCUAUCAAUACUGUCCCAGCAAGGGGCUCGUCACCCAGCUCACGAUCCCUCAAAUCCUCGACAACGCGCACAGGACUAUUUUACGGCCCAAUGGCGGCAGCGCCUUCGUCGUCGGCGACAAGUCGUACGUGAUCGAGCCUACGGAAGGCGAGCUGGAUAAGCCAUUAGAGAUCUCUUGGUACCAGGAUGUUGGGAAGGGACCCAAGAAGGGGACGUUGUUCUACAGCUACGGGGGUGGCGACUGUGCUUGGUGGAGCGAUGAGGUUAAGACGUGCGCCGGGUGCGGGUGGGGAGAUUGGACGAGCGGACCUUUGGACUGUGGAACAGCGGGCGAGGGGGCGUUCAGGACGUCGGAUAUGGACUGCUCUUUCGCCUGCUGA